CUUCUUUAUUCUUUCUUUCAAUGUCACAAAGUCAAGAUUCUGCAACCCAGCUAUUCACAACCUUCAUUGGGAUAAUUUCUGAGUGCAAAGCUCUGGUCACUGCACUCGACACGCUUAGAGUUAAUCUCGUAGCAAUGAACUGCAAACUUGACGAGCUCAAUACCCGACUAGAGGUGGCGUCGCCAAACGAAAAAUCGCAAGCACUCCCAUUGUAUCAGCAUGUUGGUAGUGAGUCAAGUCCCUUCGCGUACAUGCCGAUCAGACGCACGAUACAGCAUCGCCAAUAUGGUUCUGGUGCACCCAGAAAGUGGAGCUGGGAGCUCUUCAAGAUCUUGGGGUGCGACGUCCUCAAGGAAAGGUGGGAUGACAGCCUCCUGACCACCUUUAAAAAGAACGUAAAAGUGUUUACGAAGAGGCUGGUUUGGGACCUCCGGUCGAGGCAUUCGUUACCCGCAACGGCAACAUGGUCGGAUCUUCCCUCCCCGAUCCAGAACGAAGCUGUGCUGUUGUUGGAGGGAGGAGUAGGUGUGGAUUUCCCGUUGAAAGCUUGUGCGGGCAACUGGGGCGCGCGCCUUCUGAUGGUUCACGCGUUCCAAAAAUGCAAAGUGAAAGAAGCCGUGGAACCUGAAGAAGGUGACGCCAGGUAUGUUAUAAUGCGAUACAUGUCUUUGAUGUUUUAUGAACUAAUGAAGAGCUACUUCAACGGAUUUUACAGAAUCCAUGCUUCAGCUGAGGGAAGGUACGUUUUACUCCGUGUGUUCUUGUAUAGAUGAAGGCCUGUCGAAGCUGGUUCACUUACAUCUCACAGCUAACUAAUCACAUUCUCUUAUGAUGCAGCAUUUGCGACGAAGAAGUCUUGGCGCAGGACGAGCAGAUGGCCGUUUCUGCUGAAGUUCACUCUCUCGCCAACGAGGUGAGCACAUCGCCUUUGUGCACAGCUGUGCGAAUGGGCUUUGACGCUCAGCUGUCCAGCGAUGAGGACAACGAAUUUGCCGGUGCUAAAGCUUUGCCAGGUAGAGUAAUGAUAGUCACAGCAUCCAACCAAGCAGUGUGGCAAAAACAUUAGGUUCAUCUUGCCAAUGUUGACUUCCUUGACAAAUCAUCUAACAUCUUUCUGAAGGCAAGAAACGUGGUCGCCCGGCGAAAGCUAUCAAUUCCCGUAGUCUGUCCAAAGCUGUAACUACGAAGAGAGUCAAGAAGACUUUGACAAAUAGGAAAUCUCUUGAAUAAUCCUAUUAAUUUAUUUAAUAAACCAAAUUAUAAAAACCA